AUGGACGUCGAGAAGGAGACGUCAUCGUCUCCUGCGAUCCACAAUGUCCCUUUAAAUGACGUCGAAUCCGGCCUCAAUCGUGAACCCCAGAAUCGAGCUGUCGCGUGGCCGAGUCUUAGAAGCUUUUCCGCCUCGGAUAUUCUGUCUGACCCAUCAAAGCUAUCUCCACUGGUAGAACACUUCCGCGAAAAUUGGCAGGAUUAUUUGGAAGACUGGUUCACUAAGUUGGGCAUACUUAUCACGCCAAGCUACCUACAACACUUGGUCGGUGGUCAGCCGCCCCCGCAGACAAAACUUCAUGCAAUCGCUGCACUGGAUGGUUUGCGAGGAUGGGCCUGUUUGCUUGUCUUCAAUUUCCACUUCCUAUUCACCUAUACUUGGAAGGUUGCGGUUGGGUGGGGUUUCAACAAUGAAAACUUCUACUAUUACCAGUUACCUAUCAUCCACGUCUUAGUCUCGGGCCAUAUUAUGGUCGCCAUAUUCUUCGUUAUAUCAGGCUACGUUCUUUCCUAUAAGCCGCUAAAGUUGAUCCGCAGCGGGGCUUGGGAAGACACAUUUGUUACCAUGACGUCCUCGACAUUUCGACGAGGCCUUCGCCUUUAUAUCCCAUCCAUCAUCGGCAUCUUGCUAGUACUGAUUGCCGUACGCUUGGGUGCAUAUAACUACUCCCAAAAAAUUCUUUUUGAGGGUCACACUAUCAGAGGCACGAACGAACAGCAUCCGCCGAUUAUGGUCAGAUCUCUUAGCAAGCAGUUGUGGGACUGGUAUGCUACGAUUGCACGCCUAAUGGACCCAUUCGACUGGGCCCUCUAUUAUAAUAACUACAACCCCCACCUCUGGACAAUCCCCGUCGAAUUUCGCAGUUCUAUUGUCCUCUUCCUCACUAUCCUCGCAACAUCGCGCGUCAAAACGGCGGUGCGUAUCUCCCUAGUGGCUACCUUGGUAUGGUUUUGCAUGCGCUAUGGCCGGUGGGAUAUGGUACUUUUCCUGUGUGGUAUGCUCAUGGCCGAAUCGGACCUAAUCCAAGGUCUUUGGGAAGCUUCCCCAGCCUCUUCUGAAGGUAACAAAGAGAAGCGGACGUGGAACUCCCUUGCUAACGGCACAUCGCCACGCUCUAAUGGCCGUUUUGGCCUGUUAAGCUCUAAACGCUGGAUAGCUCUCCUCCUCCUAGGAUUAUAUCUAGGAUCUACGCCAAAUACCGGCUACAAGUUCACUCCUUUCUUCAUGUGGACAUGGCAUAUUACUCCGAAAACAUACCCAGAGCCGCAUCGCUUUCCGCAAACAAUAGGUGCACUCAUGAUCGUCUACAGUAUCAACCAUUCAAAGGACAUUCAAAAGCUUUUUACAAACCGUCUAUCCCAAUAUCUCGGCAAGAUCUCCUUUGCCUUUUAUAUCGUCCACGGGCCCAUCCUCCACUCAUUAGGAUACUCACUCAUGCCCAGCAUCUGGCGUAUCACAGGCAAGGAAACAGACUUUCAGUAUUGCCUCGGCUUCUUCGUUGGUUGGGUUGUCUGUCUUCCCAUUUCGCUUUGGGCAGGUGACCUUUUCUGGCGGAUGGUUGACGUCCCAAGUGUGCAUCUAUCGCGGUGGAUUGAGAGUAAGGUACUUGCUCAGACGACUGGACGAGAAAAGCAGCAAAGAUCCGCUUAA